CCGAGGCCGCGCAGGACCCGUGACGCACGCGCAGAAGUCGCACCGGAAGCGGAAGUGGUUGGCUGUGUGCUGGAUCUGGGGGUCCGUGUAGAUUCCCAUGGCGGCGGAGCAAGAUACGGACUCCACUGGGCCUCCUGGUUCUGAGGCGCUCCUGGACGCCGUGCUGCGGACCCUCUACGACCUGGGAGAGACGGAAGGUGAAACAGAGCAGAAAAGGAUCAGAAAGAAGAAAGUAAAGAAGAGAGACUCUGAGACAAUAGCAGAUGUGGCAGCAGAGCUGCUUCCUCUGCCUGGAUCUCCUGUACGAGCCCAGAAGAAGAGUGCUUCCAGCUUUUUCAAGGAGCUCAGAGAAGAACUGCAGUCUGCUCCCGCUGCCCCUUCAGAAGCCCCUGCCACAACUGCAGUCUCCCUCUCUUCCCUGAAGAAUGGCAGCAAGCUAGUGGAAGUGGUAGAGUUUCAAAGCAAAAGUAAAAAGAGAAAACCAAAGUCAGAUGAAGAUGAACCUACAAAGAAUAAAACAAAGGUCCUUGAAAAAGAUGUGGGUGUUCAGGAAUUUAACCUAGAAAAGGCUCGUCUGGAAGUACACCGAUUUGGGAUCACGGGCUAUGGCAAAGGAAAAGAAAGAGUCCUGGAACGGGAGCGGGCUGUCAUGCUGGGGGCUAAGCCUCCCAAGAAUACUUACGUGAACUACAAGGUUUUGCAGAAACAAAUCAAAGAGAAGAAGAUCGCAGUGGAAGAAGAAAAGAGAGCGGCCCAAGAGACAGACAUUUUCAAGAAAAAGAAGAGGAAAGUGAGGGGGCAGGAGGACAGGAGAUCCAAGAAGUCGGCUCCCAGCAUUUUGUCAAGUGGACGGGUUGGACAAGUUGGAAAAUUCAGAAAUGGGACAUUGAUUCUAAGCCCCACUGAUAUCAAGAAAAUCAACUCUUCCAGGAUAGCUAAAUGAAGUCCCUGUCAGCUCCAGAGAGGAGCAGAAACAGUGGCAGUGCAUGGGACACAGGACUCGUUAACCCUGUGGCUGCCCUUUCUUGUUCCACCGGCCCUUUCCCAUUUGAGCAGAGAGUCGGCUGAGUGCCGGGCUUCCCUCCCUUGUGCUGCAGAGGUGAAUGUGUACACAUGGCUACCUGUACAUACAGCAGGAAGUGACCCUGCUCAGUGCUGGGCUGUGCCCCGCCUCCCCUCCUGUUGCAGGUUGCUGGUGUAAGCACACUGGUCACACUCCACUUUUUCAUAAUUUUACUGUCUCUAAGUGUCUGUGACGCUUAGAGUGCCUUUUGACGCUGAAGUGCCUUUUGGACUCAUGAAGACACUAAGCGCACUUGUUAUCCAUUGGUUCUGUGGAAAAGCGAUUCUGUUGUCAGCCUGCUACGUGUGUAAAUCCACUUUGUGAAAAAAAAAAAAGAACUUCUAAAAAUACACCGCUGUAGUAUGAGUGACUGUUAAGUUACGUACAGGCAGUUCUGACUGGUUCCCCACACCUACUUGGAGCUGUAACCUCACAAGGCCGUUUUACAGUGAUGUUACCAUCCCUGCCUAGAUGUCAGCAACUCCUCAGAGGCUGAGGUGCAUUAAAGGAAAGUGUGCAGUGA